AUGGACAACCUCACAAAUAACAUGUGUGAGGUGUUCAACGCGAAAAUAGUAAACUAUAGAAGCAAGCCUAUUCUCACAAUGUGUGAAGAAAUUAGGUGCUAUCUAAUGAGGAGGAUGGUCAAGCAUAAGGAGUUACUAGAAAAUUAUCCUGGAAAGCUCGCACUUGUUCAGCAGAAGAGGUUAGAUUGUCUUAUAAGGCCCAGCAACAAAUGGCUUGCAGAGUGGACAGGCAUGUCCUGUAUCCAUGCAGUAACAGCAAUCAGAAAAAGGCAUGAUCAUCCAGGGGAAUAUGAUACUCCUAACACCCAAAGUGCUCCAUCUAGCCAGACUCCAUCUAGUCAGGAUGACAUUAACAAUAGCCAGCAACACACUCCAGAUUUUUCAAGUGUUAUGAAUCCAACUCCUUCCAUGUCUGUGGCAACAACACUAAGACCUGUAACUAGAAGGACACCAUUUAGGCCUCCACAUCAACUUCCAUCCACAACCCACCAAAUAGUUCAACCAAAAACUUCAAAAAUGAGGCCCAAGCAGAAGAUAUUUAGACCACCUGGUCCACGUUGUCCCAGUUCACUCCCACCCCUAAGUCAGCCUGCACCACCACAGCCUCAACCUCAAGGUGCUCCACCUGGCUCACAACCAUCUCAAGUUAGGCCAGGACCAAGUACAGCAGCAACAACAAGACUGUUCAAAUUCAUCCCUAAUCCACCCUCCAUCAAUCCAAAGAAGUGA